GCGAAAAACGCGACCGGACAACCGUUUCAAACUGGAAAAACGCUUUUUCUUGGUCCAUUUCGUUCCUUUAGGUUUUUAGCAGUGUCCCGUCUAUUGUGCUCAUCUUGUUCGACAGAAUGCCUCAGUGAAAACACAUUCCUGUUUCUGUCAGGGUUAGAAACAGUAACGCUAGGAUUUCUUUAUUGUCAUCGAUUUUACUUCGUUUUAUGGAGGAAAAAAGUAGUCAGAGUGUGUUAAUUAAUUAGAGUGCUGGAGAAGAUGGGAAUAAAGCUAAAGGUGGUGUGCAGGAAAGUUUACGAUUACGUCCGUUAUGAUCUAAAGGAGAUUGCAUUUCCUUCGUCUUUGCCCGACCCACCUCAUAUCAAAAAGCGCCGCAAACUCACUUGGAAAGAGCGUUUUCUUGUGUUGAAGGAAGCUUCUAGACUCUAUGCAGCAAGUUGGGUUAGGGAUAUUGGUCCUGAAUUAAGGCCGAAUGAUUACAAGAAGAAGGUAGAGAAUGAUGAUAAAUUUGAUGAAGAAAACAAGGUAAAAACAGAGAAAGAGCCCUCUACUCUUGAAGAUCUUGCUGUUGCUGCAAGAGGUGGCAUGGAAACGCUAAGACCAGCAUUGCAGCGAGUGUAUAUGACAAGAGCAUCUGCAUAUAGAGAUGCACUGAAAAGUUUUAUAGAGGGUUAUCAGGAAGGUGUACAACAAGUCAUGGAGAAGAGAGAUUCUGCAUCUCAAUCAGAAGAAGGCACUCCAAAAAGGCCUACAACAUAAUCAUUGGUGCAAAACUUGGAGAAGUUGAAGUUGGCUCUAGAAUCUCAAAAGGCAAAAAGUACGAGGCCAACAAAGGCCAAGUUAGAGGGGAAAAAUGUUCACAUGCUUUUGCACAAGUAUUCCUGUACUUGGACAUGAAUGCUUGAGAUAUUGUUGCUGAAGCAGUUUCCUUACGUUGUAAUUAAAAUCACUAUUUUAAAGCCCAUGGGCCUUUGGGGAGCCUGCCGCUUGCUGGGCACACUACUGGUUGGUAACCUUCGCAAGCAGAUGUCAAUGGAUUCCUCCAUUGUCUUAAUUCUUUUGGAUGCACGUAAUCACGUGAAAAUCCCUGAGACAAUGUAAUUCUUCCUCACUUGGCAGUUUUCAUUUUCCUCUUCUAA